GGAUCAGCAACCGAGCUCGUGGAAGAAACGUGAAAUGACUAUGACUUGGGUUUUGCCAUAAUCAUUUGGAAAGAAAGCAAGCUUGAAUCGCGUUUAACCGCUGAAAUUGCAAUAUCUUAUGAAAUACAUUUACCAUAAGAAGGUUAAUAAAGAUUUUGGAAGGCAUUUACCUACUUUCAACGGUUGUGUUUACGUUGGAAGACCCGGCUUCUAUUGUUAGAAACGAUUGGAAGAUAUUCAUUCUAAGAAGGCCUACAUAUCUUUUUGUUUAUUAUUUGUAGGGUGAGUUUUUAACGAUCUGUAAUCCAUUAUCUAAUCUAGGUAGAGAUAAGAUUUUACUAGAAAGUCGAUGUUGUUAAUAAUCGAAUAAGAAUUAGACGUUCAGAACUAGAUUUUUUUAUUAUUCUCUUCAUAGAAAAACCUUGUAUACAUGUUAAAUAUCACGUGGAAUGCGGCUGAUCAGCUGAUUAGUAAGACGGUGUUAUGCUUACGUAUAUUUUAAAAUUAUCUUUAAAUUGUCUCUAUUAAAGAAGAAAGGAUACUAGUUUCGCAUUAAUUGAGAGAUUAAGAUCUAUAAUUAAAUGCUAAUUCGUGGAACACGUAUUUAAUGAGUUAGCGCUAAUUUUACAUUUAAAAAAAAAAGCUGUUAAGGCCGUCCGUUUUUUUUUAGAUACUUUUUCUGAUAAGAGACAUUUUUAAGACAUAAUAUGUAUAUGAUAAGAGAGAGAUAUAUAUAUAUAUAGAGUAUAUACUCUAUAAGCUGAAUAUGAAUGAGGUUAAUAUCCUUCUUUUGUUCGCCAAUCCCUUUUUAUUAAAACUGUAAUGUAAAAUUAGAGCUUGAAAGUUUUUAAAAAACUUAAAAAUAGUAUUAGGUUAGUCCCGCCUUAAUCUUUAGAGAGGCCCUUCUUUUUUUUUAGACUUUUAAUCAAUUGCACAAGGAAAAACAUAACAAAGUACAAAAUACUUUGUUUAGUAGGUGGAUAAAAAAAAAAUAAUGUACAUAUGACAAAUUUUAGGAUCCGGUAUAAGAUUCCUUGUAUGUCCCCGAUAUCAUCCGCUAUUUACAUUGUUUCUGAUCAACAAGUUUUAUUUUUAUAUAGGCCAACGCAAAUCAAAGUAUGAUAAUCUGAUAGUUUAUUACGUUGUUCUGAAAAUUGUUAUAAAAAGAUUGUAGAUACUUCUCCCUUAACAUACUUUUAUCAGAUUCUGCUCGAGACAGACAAUAACAAUACGAUAGAAAUAUUUUAAGAUUUAAGAUGGACGUUCUUAUGUUCAGCCCUUAUGUAGGGAGAAUGGUUAGUUGCGUCGAAUUACCGAUUGCUAGCGAAGCAAAGAAGACUCAUAAUAAAUUGUUUGGAAAAAUCUUUAGAAAUAAACCUGUUGAGGAAGUUCAAAAGAAGAGAGAACCGGCUGUCAGGGCACAAAGGCGAUGGGUGAGGGUUGUUAAGGACGAUCAUAAUGUUGGCGAGGAAAACACAAAUCCGCAUGUUAUAAGGAAGUUUACUAAAGAUUACGUUGAAAAGCAACAAAGACGAAUGCUAGAAGCGCAAGAAAGAAUCGAAGAUGAUGUGUUCAAUUCGGAAAAGGAAACAACUGAAAAACAACAAGAGAGAAACCGUUCAAAUUCACUGGAUAGGCAACCAACCUUUACGAAAAUAGUCAACAGACUUUUCCGUUCAAAAUCUGAUUCAUCCGUCAAAACACAAAACCGACACGACCGCCAUUCCAAAGAGAGGAAAACUUCCGCCGAUAGUUGGACUCAGGGAGUACCGUACAGUUUAGAAUCUUGCGUAAAUACAAUACUAAAGAAGAGCGGAUCACCCGAUUCCAGUAACGAUGGAUCCGGAAAGAAAUGUACAAGAUUCUGCGAAGAGGUUGAAAUUUUAAAAUUAGAUUACGAAGAUUUGGACAAAAAAGAAAUUGUUUCUGAGCCACUACACGACACUUAUAAGAUGUGCGAAGAUGAAGUAAAUGAAGAAUAAAGAAUUAUAUAUAUAUAUAUAUAUAUAUUAAAAAGAAACUGUUACGUUCUUUUAUAAAUUAAUCUUUUUAUAUAUUAUCCUAAUUCCUUUAUUGCAUUAUAUUUUCUAGUUUUAAUAGACAAAAAAAA